AUGGCUGAUAGUGAGUCUAACACAGUGGUUGGAAAAGAACAGUACGAAGAAGCACGGAAGAACUGGCUCGACACAGCCAAAGCAGCCCAACAAGCCAAAAACGAAGCCAAGAAAAAGUACAACGAAGCUCGCCCCGGCACAACCUACGUAGAAUGGCUCUUGAGACAGAGUCCCGCAUUCACCAGGGCCUACCAUGAAUUCGGUAAAGCCCAGGUCAGGUUCGACGAGGUUUAUCUUGAGUAUGAUAAUGCAGCGGCGCAAGCGUGGAUUGAUGCGAGGAAUGCUGAGAAAAGGAGGGUUUGGAAUAGGGAUGAGGACGGGACGCCGUUCGUGAUCAUUCUGCCAGAGAGUAUUCCUGGGCUGCCUAAGACUUUGGAGGAGUUGUGGCGGGAGGAUCCGAGCAGAUAUCAGUAA